GCUGAAGAUCGUGCGCUACAGCCUACGUGUUGCUGCGCAGCAACACAGCUCAGCCAGGCGAGGAUCUGCGGGGAUUUCCAUCGACUGAGACAAAGAGCACGAAGAUGGAAGAUCGUUCAAGACUGUGCUUUACUCCUGCACGCCUGAGAUCCUUUGUAGGAGCUGUUAUUAUCUCGUGAAGGGGGGAUAAGGAGACCCCCAGUCUUUAAGAAUGCCUGAGAGGCAGAGGAGCGUCUGGAGGGUAUAGUGAGCAUAGUGAAGAUUGUGUGAGACGCUGGCUGGAUCCACCCCCAGUCCUCUUAGUAUUAAACUCAGACUCAUUUCAGAGUCAGUUUAAUGGAAUCACCCGGCUAAUUCCUACCAUCAGAGCCAAGGACUUUCAGUAGUAGAAUCCACCCAACAAGAACCUCAAGACAUGACCGGACAGAGUCUCAAGGGUUUAAAUGGAGCCAGUGCAGAAAACAGCGCCAUAUGCAUCAACGUAGGAGGUUUCAAGAGGCGACUUCUAUCAAACAUCCUCUGCCGUUUCCCAGAGACAAGACUAGCUCGUUUGCUUCAAUGCCAGUCAAAGGAAUCGAUCCUUGAACUGUGCGAUGACUACGACGAUGCAGAAAAGGAGUUCUAUUUUGACAGGAACCCUGCACUUUUCCCCUACGUCCUGAACUUCUACAAUACAGGUCGCUUGCAUGUUAUGGGUGAGCUCUGCAUUUUCUCCUUCAGCCAGGAAAUUGAAUACUGGGGCAUCAAUGAGUUCUUCAUCGACUCCUGUUGCAGCAGCACCUACCACUGCAGGAUAAUGGAGCCGGAUCGAGAGGAGUGGGAGGACAAGAGUGAUGAGGGGAGUACUACUUCUUCUUUCGAUGAGAUCUUGGAAUUCUACAGUGAUGCUGCCAAGUUUGACAAACAGCCACUGGGCAGCAUUAGGAGAAAGAUCUGGCUGAUGCUGGACAAUCCUGGCUACUCCAUACCCAGUCGUGUCAUCAGUGUCUUUUCCAUUCUGGUGGUUCUGGGGUCCAUAGCUACCAUGUGCAUGAACAGCAUGAGUGAGUUUGCUCUGCAGGACAGUGAAGGCCUUCCUCAGGAAGAUCCUCGCUUUGAGACUGUUGAGCAUUUUGGAAUAGGUUGGUUCACCUUCGAGCUCAUAGCGAGGUUCAUGGUGGCGCCAGACCUCCUCCACUUCUUCGAGCACCCUCUGAACCUGAUCGACCUGGUGUCCAUUCUGCCUUUCUACCUCACGCUUCUGAUUAACCUGGUGGUUGAAAGCAGUCCUGCACUGGCCAACCUGGGCCGUGUCGCUCAGGUGCUCCGGCUGAUGCGUGUCUUCCGAAUCCUCAAACUGGCACGGCACUCAACAGGUCUGCGAUCUCUUGGAGCUACUCUGAAAAACAGCUACAAGGAAGUAGGGCUGCUGCUAUUAUACCUGGCGGUGGGGGUGUCCUUCUUCUCUGUGAUGGCCUACACCAUUGAAAAGGAGGACAAUGAUGGACUGACCACCAUCCCAGCCUGCUGGUGGUGGGCCACAGUUAGCAUGACGACAGUGGGCUAUGGAGAUGUGGUGCCAGGGUCUAUCGCAGGGAAGCUCACUGCCUCUGCUUGCAUUCUGGCAGGCAUCUUGGUGGUAGUGCUGCCCAUCACGCUCAUCUUCAACAAGUUCUCCUUGUUCUACAAGAGACAGAAGCAGCUGGAGAUUGCUAUGAGGAGUUGUGAUUUUGAUGAGGAAAUUAAGGAGGUGCCCUCGAUGAAUCUGAGGAACUAUUACGCCCAUAAAGUGAAGUCACUCAUGGCGAGUCUGUCAAAUAUGAGUCGCAGUUCUCUCAGUGAGCAAAGCCUGAAUGAUUCUCUGCAGUAGCCCAAAGCCUUGACUGCAAACUCCCUUGAAUGGCUUUAGAGAAUGGAAAUAUUCAAUUUGUGUCCAGAGCACUCUGCUGUAUGAAAUAGUUCUGUCACACUGUCUGAUGUUGGCUGGGUUUUCAAUUUUCCUGCACUGCCAUUCUAAAACGAUGACUGAUUUGUGUGUUUGCUGUCAGUGUUCUUGAAAACAGUCUGUUUUUCACUAUGAGUGAAUGCGUUUACAUGCACAUCAUGAUCUGAUUAUAAACUGAUUUCCGCAGCAAAAAUGCUUUUUUUGCCUAGGUUUGACUUCCUAUUAUUCCAAAUUGCUAUAGUAAUAUUACUUGAAACAUAUAUCUCAAAUGCAUAAGUAUGAUAUAUUUAUGAAUACAGUGGUGUGAUAUGGCAGCCUUUUGAUUUUGAUUUUUUAUUGGACUCCAAAUCUGGUCUAUAUAUAUUUUCUUUAAAUUCUGUUUAUUGAGCUGUAAACUCUUUUCUUUUUCAUUUUAAGUCUCUGCACGACGAGUGCAAUCAUCUUCUCCCCAAGCUCAGCUGUGCACACGGCUACCGUAAAAAACAUGGUUUAGAUGUGCACUCCAACCUUAAAUCGCAUCUGGUUCUGUGUGAUUAUUGGCUGGCUUUAAAGCAAAAAUUGCAUUAUUGACCUACUCAAAUCUCCCAUUUGUUUUCCCAUUAUAAGAUUAAACACACUUAUCAGAUUACUAGCAAAAUCCAAUGAUCUUUAGUAGUAAUUGGAUAACUAUGUGCAUGUAAACACACUCAGGGUUUGGAUGCAGGUUUAGAAUUUCUCUGUUUUUACACCAGUGAUAUUCACUGAUCCCCAACACACCACUCUAGCAUUUACUCACUGAAAAAUGAACAUAACCCUAUUUUACCAGCCAUACAGUGAUUUAACCAAUGCUGUUCCAGUGAAAUUCAAUCUGUGGCAAUGUAACAAUGUUUUCUCAAUGUUGGAGUUCUGUACUUGAAUCCUGGUAGGGCACAUGUAUUCAGUGUUGUAUAAUUAACAGUCUGAAUAUGUUGUCUCGAUAUGUGCAGGAAUAUACCCCUCCUGCCAGUGGUGUCUCUUAUGAGAGUUUCAGUGUUUAAAUGUUAAGUGGGAACACCGUUUCUGAAUCACAUGUAACAACUGUUAAAUUGCACAAGUAAAGAAACACAAGCUUUUAUAAAUAU